CUGCCGAAGCCUUUGGUCAGAAGGUUUGUUUUUACGGACGGAGGCAGUUCAUAACACACGGACCGUUAAUUCCGUUUGUUAUGACCUGAUAACGCUAGCUAACGCUAGCUAACGUUAGCUGUUGUAAAAGCUCGACGUGUGAACCAGCCUCGCGCAGACCCACACGCAGGUGUUUUACAUGUGAACCAGAUUAACGAGAAACCUUAGACGUGACGGUUCCCUCUCAACACACAGAGUGGAAAAUGAGUGAGCUGGAGGAUAUCAGCCACCACAUCCAAGACAGGAUAUCAUCCUUACAGCGCAUGUUGGAUCUGUCAGUUUUUGAAUUGCCUCAAAAUAAGAUUAAGAAACUUGGACAGGAACUCUUUGCACUGGAGAGACUUUUGGAAGAGUUUGAAAAAUGUGUUGGCCAACAGAAGGAGCAGCUAAAGGAUCUGAAGGAACUUGAGGAGCUAUUCCAGAAGGAUGUGGAGGACGUCCAUCACAUGAAGGACAACAUACCUGCACACAUGCCCAGGAAGAAGGGCUCAGCAAAUGGAAAUGACCCUGUGAUGAAUAAGAACGAAGCAUCAGAUGUUCAGCUUGUCCAUCCAGAAAAUGUCAAAAAGACCAACAAGAGCUACAUCAGAGAGAUGGAGUCUGUCACUAUGCCAGAGUUUGAAAGCAUCCCUCAGUACAUGAAAGGACGUGUAUCCUACGAUCAGCUUAAUGCUGCGGUGCAGAGCAUUAACACAGCUGUAACAGCCAAAUACAAGAUCCUCCAUCAGUCGCUGAAAACACUGAACAAUCAUUCACGCAAGCUCCACCAGCGCUUCAAGGACCAGGAGACCAAAGAUACCAAAGGUCAGUAUUUUGUGGUGGAGGAUGAUGUUCGGGAAUUUACCCAGAUGAAGGUGGACAAACGAUUUCAGGGGAUUCUGAACAUGCUGCGACACUGCCAGCGCCUCCGGGAGGUGCGAGGGGGGGGCCUCACCCGGUAUAUACUGCUGUGAACGAACCACACUCUGCACAUGAUGCAUUCACUCAUGUCGUUUCUUGUCUUUUUCUCAAAUGGCACAUCGAUCGUGUUAGUGAGUGAGCUCAGCCGCCUCAUCGUGUUAUUAUAUUACAGCACGUUGUUCAAAGGACAAAUGACAGGACUUGAAAGAGCCUGAAGCUUCUGUGAGUUCACUAAACCAUCACCUAAACUUAAACUUAAACCUAAACUUAACUUAAAUGUGCACAUGUAACUGAUUAGCCCAGGGAGAUGUGUUCAUUUGCCACCUGUAUGUAAAAAAAUGUGCACAUGCACUGGUAUCUCUAAACAUGUAUUUUGUGGUGUAAAUAAUUAUAAACUAAACAUAUUUCUCUGUUUUACAUUCCAUUCCAUUUUUAAGCCAAACAAAAUCGUGUGUGUGGAAGCAGUGGUUGUGUUUCUCCUCUCAUUUACUCAGGGUUUUUCCUUUCACUGUACAUUGUCUCUAAAGUUGUUUCCACUUCAUCUUUACGUGAUUGCAACAAACCUGCCCAGUACGAAAAGGUAGAAAACACUGCAUUUAUAUUUAUAUUCAGCAGGUUUGCAGUUACCAUGUACAGCAUGUGGCCAGGCUGUCUUUGUAUAUUUGACUGUAGUUGAUUGUAUUUAACUCAGUUUCUAGUUGAAGGUUUUAGU